GCAGCGCGGAGCCGAGCGUUUCCGGGCUGCUUGACACCGGGCGGAAGCGGCGUUUGGCGGGCUGUGUGGUCGUCUCGAGCGACCGUGUACAUCUGAGUGGAACGUGGUUCUGUGACCGAAAUAAUGAAUACCAGAGAAGUGUGAAAGAUUAGAUUUGGAGAAAAGAUGGCUGGCUGCAGAGAUAUGGAGGUCCACAGCAAGUCUUGUGCCAACUCAAGUUCUUCGUCUCCCACCCAGGAGUGUUCAGGGGUCUCAGUGUCCAAAGAGCUACUGACUGCGGGUAAUGGCCCAGGAGGUAUAUGGGACAAAUUGCUCAUUAACUCCAAACCUAAUUCCAGAAAAUCCUCUACUCUUCAAACAAUUCGGAUAGAGAGGAGUCCAUUACUAGACCAGGUUCAGCAUUUUCUCCCACAGAUGGCCCAGGCAAAUGAAAAGCUCAGAAGAGAAAUGGAAGCCACUCCCCCUGGUCAUUUCAAUAUUGAAAAUAUUGACAAGACCCUAGGCAAAGUUAUACAGAUGGAUGUGGUCUUAUUUGAGAUGAAUCAGGCAGAUUCAAAAGAAGAAGAUAGUUCAGAAGAGAGUUCCCAAGACAGUUCGGAAGACAAUUCAGAGUCUGAGGACGAGGAUGACAGCAUCACCAUGGAUAAUAUUAAACUUCCUAAUUCGGAAGCUGGAAAAGGCAAGAUUGAAGUUUUAGACAAUCCAGCAACUAACAAGGAACAGUGAAAUAAAUGAUUUAAAAAGAAACUGAUACGUACCUGCUAAUUCUGUGAAAAAGAAUGCGGUUCUAGGUGUUUUGCAUCUCUGAUAACUGGUGUUCUUAUCUGUUAAAAAAAAACUUCAGACAAAUCUAACAAUUUGAGCAAAGAACAAUUCAUGAAUCAGGCAGCACUGAACAGAAAGGGGUUCCAAGAGCUCUGUUGUGUAGCACGGACAGCAGGCUGAACAUGUAGCUGAACACAGACAUAAAGUACUUGAUCAGUUACAGUGAGCCGUUGCCUUGGUUGGACAUGGUCUCAUCCAUUGGGAGCCUGGGGUUGGCUGAAGCUCAGCUGUUAGGGAUUUUUUUGUGAGUCAAGUUAUGCACUGAGAUUAUAAUUUUCUCAGUUUUGCACAAUAGGGUGACUGUUAACAAAUAGUUGUUUCAAAAUAACGAGAAGAUUUUGAAUGUUUUGCUACAAAGAAAUGACAAAUGUUUGAAGUGACAUGUUAAUUACCCGGAUUUGAUCAUUACACAAUGUUUACAGGUAUCAAAGCAAUACAUUGUACCCCAUAAAUGUGUACAAUUAUGUGAAAAUAUAAAUAAAUACAAGAAAAAAUACACUCCUUAAAAAAAA